AUGGUCGUUAAGUAUGCAGACGGCAAACCUCGCACGCACCGGAAACAUUCGGUGGUGUUCCCUUACCGGUUCGAUACUUUUACCAGUAGUGAUGAAAUACAAGUUAUUGACUCGAGUGGAUCCUUUGACUGUAUUUUUGAGAUGCCGUGGCUUGCGCGGCAUCGAACCGACAUUGAUUGGCUGAACCGUACUGUCCAGCCACGUGACAUCGAUGUUAAAGCGGUACUCGCAGUCCUUGAUUGCCCUGCCAUCGAACAGCGGUUCCUGAGUCAAGAAUUUAACCCGCAGCAGUGGCUUCGGGUGUCGCACGGUCGAGCAGCGAUUCCGCGCAUGCAAAAUCUUCCAAAACCGUUACCGAAGCAGAGGCUUCCGGUACGUCACGAGCGUGAAGUGGCACCCGUUUCCGUCCACGUUGAGGAUACCACGCUGAGGCAGGGGCCUCCGGCGAGUUACGCGGAAGCAGCGGCUUCCGUACGCCCAGUUGAUUAUCCGGUUUGUGUUUCUGUGUCGCGACGACGUAGACGGUGCCGUGCGCGUCAUCACUUCAUUGUGCCGUCGAGCUCUUCCCCGCCGACUCCGCUUCUUGAGACCAUUAAUGUCGUUAACAUGACUGGUGUUGAUCCAUCCAGCCAUCCGUCGCAAGUCGCAAGUCCGCCUCGCGAUGCGUCUGGAAUCACGCAGCUGCCGAACUUACUUGGGAAGAGAUACUGA